AUUCCCAGUUUUCGGAGCGGCGCCUGAAGGCAGCAGCAGCAGCCACCAGUGCUCGUGCGGUUCAGAAACUUCAAACUUCAGCGGCUCGGAGCAGAAACUCUGCGGGAACACGAAGCUCCGAUCCCCGCUGAGAGACACCCUCCCCAGAGAGACUCCCUCACACCCCCUCCAGAGAGCCACAGGCAGGCGGUGACCCCCGCAGAGCCCGAGGAAGAUGCCGGCCACAGAGAAGGACCUGGCGGAGGACGCCCCGUGGAAGAAGAUCCAGCAGAACACCUUCACCCGCUGGAUCAACGAGCACCUCAAGUGCGUCAACAAGCGGAUCGUGGACCUGCAGCUGGACCUGGGGGACGGGCUGAGGCUCAUCGCGCUGCUGGAGGUGCUGAGCCACAAGAAGAUGUUCCGAAAGUACCACCCGAGGCCCAACUUCAGGCAGAUGAAGCUGGAGAACGUGUCGCUGGCUCUGGAGUUCCUGGACAAGGAGAACAUCAAGCUGGUCUCCAUAGACUCUAAAGCCAUCGUGGAUGGGAACCUGAAGCUGAUCCUGGGUCUGGUCUGGACUCUGAUCCUGCACUACUCCAUCUCCAUGCCAAUGUGGGAGGGUGAAGAUGAAGAGGCAGAAUCAAAGACACCUAAACAGCGUCUGCUGGGCUGGAUCCAACACAAAGUCCCAGAUCUGCCCAUCACCAACUUCAGCCAGGACUGGAGAGACGGCAAGGCACUGGGAGCACUGGUGGACAGCUGUGCACCAGGUCUGUGUCCAGACUGGGAAACCUGGGAUUCAGUCAAACCGGUGGAGAACGCCACUGAAGCCAUGCAGCUGGCUGACGACUGGCUGGGCAUCCCGCAGGUGAUCGCUCCAGAGGAGAUCAUUGACCCCAGUGCAGACGAACAGUCAGUGAUGACUUACCUGUCUCAGUUCCCCAAAGCCAAACUGAAACCAGGAGCUCCACUCAAACCCAAACUCAACCCCAAGAAGGCCCGAGCAUAUGGACCAGAAUAUAAGGAGGCAUAA